AUGCAAGUGCCGGAGAUCGACCAAGAGCAUUGUCUCGACCUUCUUUCCAGGCUCAUCCAGAUCAAGAGUUACUCUCAGACUGAUGGAGAACUGGAGGCAACAAGAUUCAUGGCCGACCAGAUGAAAAGCAUCGGCCUGGAAGCAGAUGUCUUUCCUUUCGACGAAGGCCGGAGACAAAAUGCUGUUGGAAUUUGGAAAGGAAAAGGAGUUGCUGGAGGUUCACAAACACCCAAGACCUUACUUUUCAAUGGUCAUCUGGACACGAACCCUGUCUCUGAAGGAUGGACGGUGGACCCCUGGGAAGGCAAAAUCGACGAAGAAUUCAUUUACGGCAUUGGAGUCAGCAACAUGAAGUCAGGCUGUGCGGCCUACUUUUGCGCCGUUGAAGCGCUUCUUCAAAGCGGAUGGCGACCAAAAGGCGACGUGGUCUUGACCUAUGUUGUGGGAGAGCUCCAAGGAGGCGUCGGCACCAUGGCUCUGAUUGAUCAGGGUCGGGUGCAAGGGGCUGACUACUUCGUCAACUGUGAGCCUUCAGACAUCAAAGCUGUGACCAUGCAUGCAGAAGCAUUGGUCUUUGAGAUCGAAAUCAUCGGGUGGGCGUUGUUCAUGGCGCUCUUGGCAAGGACUUGGUUGAAUGGCGGCCGGCUCAAGUUGCGGACGUUUGCAGGCUUGCCGGGAGCGCGAGAUAUGCUCCCGGUCAAACCCAAGACGGCGUAA